AUGUCUGGAAAUGGGGAAGUUCGCAUGCUCGGUGUGACACCACCGAUCAGCUUGGAUCCCCCCAAGGAAGCAGAUGUCAAGGCGAGCGAGGUUCGAGUCGGAGCAGGAGCGCAAAGUCCGCUGCUGUCCAACAUUGCCCAGCUCGUGACCAAGUUCGUCCAUGACGUAUCCAUCAAGAACGGACUCAGCGAGAAGGUCGCAACGGAAGCCGGCGGCCGCAUCUACACUUCCGCUUUCAGACUCGGUGUCCACGGCCCCGGAUCCGAUAUCGACACCAUCUGCGUCUGUCCCAAGCAUGUGUACCGCGAGCACUUCUUCGGCGAGUUCCAGCAGAUGCUCCGCGACUGGCCGGCAUGCACGGAGAUAUCGUCUGCCUUCGUCCCCGUCAUGAAGACCGUCAUUUCUGGCGUGGAGGUGGAUCUGUUGUUCGCUCGCGUCAACCUGCCUGAGGCUGGCGACAAGCUCGACAUAGAGAAGGACGAGAUCCUGCGCGGAGUGGAUGACGCCUCGCAGCGUAGUUUGAACGUGACGGAUAUGAUCCUGAACCUCGUUCCCGACGUUGCUACCUUCCGUACAGCCCUCCGCACCAUCAGGUUAUGGGCUAAGAGUUUCCCGGGUGGUGUCGCUUGGGCCCUGCUCACCGCGCGCAUCUGCCAGCUGUACCCGAACGCCGCUCCUUCGACUAUUGUCUCCAAGUUCUUCCCGAUCUACUACCAAUGGAUGCCAGUCAUCACGCCGGCGUACCCGUCCAUGUGCUCGACGCACAACAUCACUCAGUCAACGAUGACCAUCAUCAAGAAUGAGAUGCUGCGGGACAAGAUCGUGAACAACCCGGGCUCGUCGUGGGUUGAGCUCUUCACGCCAGUGGACUUCUUCUCGCUUUACCGGACCUACGUGCAGGUCGUUGCCUCUGCCUCUAGUGCGCAGGACCUGAAGGACUGGUUGAGGACGCUCGUCCAGGAUCUGGAGAUGACCGACAACGUGCUUCUCGCCCAUCCCCAGGUCAACGGCAUUUCGAAGACGUACAUCUGUCUGACCGAGGAGGAGCAGGCGCAGGCGUCGCAGGGCGAGCUGCCGCCGGAGGCUAUGAUGCGGAAGGAGGAGGACUAUGCCGACAAGGAGCACACCAAGGUGUACACGAAGAACUUCUUUAUCGGCCUCGACAUUGAGAAGAAGCCGAAGGAUGGCCAGCAGCCCCGGCAACUGAACCUGUACUAUGCUAGCAAGCGCUUCUGCUUUGCGUGCCAGUCGUGGGACAAGUACAACGAACAGGACAUGAGCGUAAUCCUGCGUCCCUGCAAGAGGUCUGAGCUGCCCGCUUUCUGUUUUCCCGACGGGCAGCCCCCGAAGAAGAAGAAGGGCAAGCGAGCACAGCAGGAGAAGGUGGGUGACGCCGCUCUGGCCACAGAGGCCGAGGGAGGACAGACAGGCUCACAACAGGCUGGUGAAUCCGCCGGCGAGAUCACCGACGAGCAGGGCCCGAGCAAGCGGUCCAAGGCCGAGCCCGACCCGAACGGCGCCGUGCCGGUGCCGAGUGCGACUGGCGCGGACCCUGCACCCAACGACGCUUCUGCCGUGGCGGACGUCAAGCCUCCUCCGGGACUCGAGGGCGUGCCCGCGCCGAGCGACGCGGCCAAGGCCGCUUACGCCUCAGCAGCGAACGGCGUUGCAAGCGACCCGUCACAUAACGCGGACGGCAAGGUCGUCCUGAACGGCGCCUAA